UUGUUGCUCGGGUUUCUGAGGAUUUUAAUUGCUUUUUGGGGCUAUUGGUAGUGUCAACAGCGUUGAACAGAUUGAUUUGGAAGAGCUAAAAUGGACUAUGAGCUUUCUGAUAGCAGUGGAACUGACGAUGACCUUCCACCACCACACCGAAAUAGAUUUCAAAGUGGAGUACGGCCUGUUGGGAAUGGAAGACCUGCAGUUCUUGGUUCUGCUUUGAUACCUAGGCUGCAUAAUGAUAUGGAAACUCAAAUACACAACAUUGAGCAAGAAGCGUACACUUCGGUUCUGCGGGCAUUUAUAGCCCAAUCUGACGCCCUCACUUGGGAAAAGGAGAGUUUAAUUACAGAACUCAGGAAAGAGCUAAGGGUAUCAGAUGAGGAGCACAGGGAGCACUUGAGUCGGGUUAAUACUGAUGACACCAUCCGCCGUAUAAGGGAAUGGAGAAAGACAAAUGGGCUCCCACCCAGCAUGCCAAGCACAGCCCAGCCUGCUCCUACUGUUUCAGCAUCACGGAAGAAACAGAAAACAUUGCAGUCGGUUGCUUCACAGUCUAUGGGUGCACCUUCUCCUGCAUUGCCAUCCAUGGAACCAUCUUCAUCAACUCUGAGACGGGGUCCUGCACCUGGACCUAGAAGCAAGAAGCCUAAAUCAUCCAUGCAGUACUCUUCUGCAGGUUUGACUGGAAGAGACCAAGCUGUUAAUAGGAAUUCUUCAGGUCCAUUUGCCGCCAAUGAACCUGCAGAAACUGCCACUAACGAUCCAUUGGUUGGGAAGACAAUUUGGACACGUUGGCCUGAAGAUAAUAACUUCUAUCAGGCUUUUAUCUAUAAAUAUGAACCCCAUGUGGGGAGGCAUGUUUUGAUUUAUGAUAAGGGCACGCCAGAUGAAACUUGGGAAUCGGUUGAUCUUAAAGAGAUUUCGCCAGAGGACAUUAGGUGGGGUGAGGAGGAUCCAGGAAUUCCUCAUAGAGGUGGCCGGCCUGGACCAGGCCGUGGAAAUAAGAAGGUUAUGGCACGCGGUGGAGGAUUCAAUGGUGCUGGAAGAGGUAGAGGAAACACAAAGGGGCAAUCUAGAAAAGAUAUCCCAUUGGCACAGAACGGUAUCGGAAAGAGGGUUUUAGGUGAUAUUGAGAUACUUCAUACUGAUACUCUCAUUAAAGAGGUGGAAAAACUUUUUGGUGCCAACCAUCCAGAUCCAAUGGAAAUUGAGAAGGCAAAGAAAGUGCUGAAAGAACACGAACGAGCCCUCAUCGAUGCAAUUGCUAGGCUUGAAGAUGCAUCUGACGGUGAAAGUGCAGAUGAGAAAAGGGAUCUAUUUUCUCAAGAACAAUCAAUGGAGAGAGAUGGAAGAUGGAGAAGCUGAUCAUAUCAUCAAAUGUAUUACUGACGAAAUGAUAGAAGAUUUUGAUGCUGAUGGUGUUGCUUAUAUUAGGCUUACUGCAGUUUUUGAGCUUGAUUGUAUCAUAGAAUUGAUAGAUAUACUGACCAGCCAAGUGCUUCCCUUGGCCUUGUGUUUAUUAAUUACUAGUAGAGGGUAGUUUUCAUUGUAAUUUUAAUAUGAUUUAAUGUAAAGUAUACUGAAAAAAAACAACAGAAAAACUAUUUUUAAUUUCCAAA